AUGUCUACUUCAAAAGAUAUUGAAGAAGAAUUACAAAAACUCAAAGAUUUACAUAAAGAAAUCAAAGAAAUAUCUACUAAAUCUUACGUUCAAGAUCAAGUAUUCAAAGAAUUAUCUCAUAUCAUAAAUUUUGAAGGAAUUAAAAAGGCAUUUAACGAAUGUUGUAAUAAUGGAAAUAAAAUCAACGCAAAUGAUAUAUAUGUUUAUUUAGAAAAAAAAUCAAAUAGAGAAUAUGUUUUUGAUAUUUAUCAAAUAUUUAAAAAUAGACAAAUUAUUUCAAUUGAUUAUAACGAAUUUAAACAUUUUGUUGAUAAAUACUAUUGGAUUUUUUGGUAUGAUAUAUUCGGAGAUGAAUACGAUGAUCUAUAUUUAUUAAAACCAUUUAAAAAUGAUUUUAAAUGGGGAUAUUUAAGUUAUGAAACUGAAAAAAAUGAUAUAAUAUACCCAAGACAAACAUCAGUUAAAAUUGUUCAAGGCAGAGAAAAUAGCAUGUCUGGAGUACAAGGUAGUUUUACUUUUGAUGUUGUAAGACGAAGUAGUAAUGAUGAAGUAGCUCAAAUAAAAUUAUUCUUUGAUAUUCCAUACGAUACGAAUGUAUAUUCAAGAGCUACAAGAUUUGAAAUAAUCAAAUAUACUGAUAAUGAUAUUUUUAAAAUUGAAACUGCUGAAGAAUGGGGUGGAUAUGGAUAUUCGGAAAAUAAAUAUAAAUUUACUAUAGUAGACAUUGAUGUUGAAAAUCCUAUAAUCGAAUCAAAAUCAUUAAAAUCUCCUGUUAAAAAAGAUAAAAGUAAAAAAAAUAAAUAUUUGGUGAAGGAAAAAUCUAAUUGCGAUACAUUAAAUGCACAUUUAUCAUUAUUAAAAAUAUUCAAAACAUUAAGACAUGAAAAUGAUGAUAUCAAUAGAUUAUUUUUAUCAGAAGCUGAAAAAAGAUACAAUAUAUGGUUAAAUUUAUUAAAUGAUAAAUUUAAUAAUGAUGAUAAUGUUGAUAUUCCUGUUCCACCAAUUGAUGUAUGUCAAAUUUGGCAUGCACAUUUACUCUCACCUUUAAAAUAUUUUAAAGAUAUGAAAGAAUUAUACAAACAAGAAUAUAAAUUUCCACUUGAAAGAAUAUAUAAAUUUCAGAAUGAAAAUAAUAUUGAAUAUUUCAAAUCAGUAAAAUUUUGGGAAAAAUACUCUAAUCAACCAUGGAUUUUAAAUAUUCAAAAUAAAUUACCAUUUACCUCAAAACUCGUAGAUGCUGUAAUUCGUCAAUAUAAAUUUACAGAUAAAAUAAUUAAUUAUGAUAUUAACCAUUUACAAGCAAUUGAAAAAUAUAAAAAAUUUCUUUUAUUAUUUAAAAAUAAUAAAAAAAAUCUUGUUCCAACAAUAGAUAUAAAUCUUUGCUGGCAUACACAUAUGCUUUAUGCUACUAAUUAUCGUAAUUUUACAAAAAAAUAUACAGGUAAAAUAAUUAAUCAUGAUGAUAAAAUCUCUAAAUCUAUUCUCUUUGAUAAUUUUAAACAAACUAGUGAUAUUUGGUAUAAAAAUUUUAAUGAAUUAUAUAUUCAUGAUAAUUUAAAUAGUAGAGGUUGGUGUGAUGGUGGUUGUAUUUUAAAUCCUAAUCAAGAAAAUGAACUUGUUAAUAAAUUUAUAAGAAUUUUAGAAGUAGAAUAUAAGAUCAAUGGUCCUAAACAUCCAAAUAAUGAACGUACGAAUGGGAUAAAUCAUUUAAAAAGUUAUAUCAGGAGUCCUCCUUAUAGACAAACAUUUUAUAAUUAUCUAUAUUAUCUUAGAAAAUUCAUAAGCUUAAACAAUAUUCAAAAUGUUUGUAAUGCUACACUUGUUAGAUUCGACAAUGAUGUUAAUUAUUAUAAAACAUUAAACAUAAAUGCGGCUGCU